GAGACUGGACAGCCAUUUGUCUGAAAUGGUAUAGGGUUUCCUGCCUGAGCAGGGGAUUGGACUAGAUGACCUCCAAGGUCCCUUCCAACUGUUAUUAUUAUUAUUACAUUUAGAAUCCUUGUAAUAGCAUAGGGCUGCAAUUUAUUGCAAAUAUAACAAUUAGCAAUGGGAAAAAAGUUCUGUACAACAUAUGCAACAUAAAUCCAAAAUCCAGUCCCUUCACAAAUCAAAGUUUAAACAGCACAGCAGUACUCAUCUUUCCUAUUUACCUUUACCUAAGUGGUAUAAUUCAGGACUGCUAUCUUCAACCUGGUGCUUUCCAGCAUAUACUGGAUUACAAUGCCAGUGAUUGUUAUCAGGGGGAACACCUUUAGAGCAGAUUGAAAGGCUGAUUCAGACCCAGAUUCUUCAAAUUUAUGAGAAACAGGCUCACUUAUUACAGUGUGGCACAUAAUGUUAACAUCACAUGUAGCUCACCCGGCCAUAUUCAGACACUUGUCAUUUUGCUGGGCAGGGCCUCCCAAAGCAUAAGCCUGCAGCAAAUUGCCCACAUGCUCCAAUCUACAUAUGGGAUACACACGUUCUUACACGGAAGUGACUCUCCCUGUAGGAAUUGGAUCAGGUAUGAACAAGCUCUUCAGUUGCUGCCUCAGAAUGAUUCCCAGCACUUUUUCCUCUCGCAUGUCGCCAGAAUUCAAUUUAGUCCCCAAACCGGCCUCCUAAGCAGCCAGUUUCAAGACUACCCCCUCCCCCCGCCCUUUCUAAGGCUACAAGUGCCUCUGUCAGCACCAGCCCUCGAGGUCUACCCGCCACCACACAGGGUUCAUUAGCCUAUCUCGGUCACCUCCCCCCCCACACACACCGCUGCCCUCAGGCCUUCCAGAUCUAUGUCCGGAGAGGAAAAGCGGAGGGGGGGCGGUCCUUGUCGGGGGGGCGAGAAAGAGAGCCGAGCGCGCCUGCAGCCCCCUCCCUCGCCGCCUCCUUCCCUCCCCCCCCCUUUUCCUCUCCAUCGUUUGGCCGAGCUGCACUCCUGCUUUUGCCGCCGCCGCCUCCAUCUUGCCUUCCCUCGCUCCCUCCCUACCCUCCACCCCGCAACAGGAGCUGGAGCCGCGGCGGAGGUACUGAGGCAAGAGGCAGCGGGGCCGAGAGGGCUGGAAGUUGCGGGCAUGAGGGGGCGGCGCUGAAGAGAUAAGGGCUGAGCCGACAUCUUGUUCCCCCCUCCACCCUUUACCGACGGUGCAAUCCCGAACGCUCCGCGGAAAACCAGGGGCCCCGCGGAGAAGAACAAGGCGGCGGCCCAGAUUUUCCAACUUGCUGCUAUGAGGAAACCUCGGAGGAGGUCCCGGCAGACUUUGGAAGGAAGACGUUCUCCUUCACCAUACAGCUUGAAAUGCUCACCCACCCGAGAGACUCUGACAUACGCCCAGGCUCAGCGAAUAGUGGAAGUUGAUAUUGAUGGCCGUCUCCAUCGCAUCAGCAUUUAUGAUCCUCUGAAGAUCAUCACAGAGGAUGAGCUAACCGCCCAGGACAUCACAGAAUGCAACAGUAACAAAGAAAACAGCGAACAACCACUUUUUCCUUCAAAAUCCAGGAAAAAUCAGUGCAAAGGCAAAAAAAAAGAGACGUGCACCAAACAUGCUUCUGGAGCAUCUUUUCCUCUACCACAGCCCAGCUUUCGCAUGAUUGACUCUUUCAGCCAGCUGGAUGCUCCACCCUUGCCUUCAGCUUACUAUCAGUAUAUUGAGAAACCACCCGAGGAUGUUGAUGCUGAAGUGGAGUAUGAUUUGGAUGAGGAGGAUUUGGCCUGGCUUGACAUGAUCAACGAAAAAAGGAAAAAUGAUGGGUAUGGAUCAAUUUCUGCAGAAACUUUUGAAUUGCUACUAGAUCGUCUGGAGAAAGAGUCAUAUUUGGAGAGUCGUAAUAAUGGAGCCCAGCAGACCAUGAUAGAUGAGGAUGCUGUUUGUUGUGUUUGCAUGGAUGAUGAAUGUCAUAACAGCAAUGUCAUUUUAUUUUGUGACAUUUGCAACUUGGCUGUGCACCAGGAGUGUUAUGGAGUUCCUUACAUCCCUGAGGGACAAUGGCUUUGUCGCUGCUGCCUACAAUCCCCUUCCCACCCUGUUGAUUGUGUCUUGUGUCCAAACAAAGGUGGAGCAUUCAAACAGACCAGUGAUGGUCACUGGGCUCAUGUUGUUUGUGCCAUCUGGAUCCCAGAAAUUUGUUUUGCAAACACUGUGUUUCUGGAACCCAUUGAGGGAAUAGAAAACAUCCCACCUGCCCGCUGGAAACUAACUUGCUACAUCUGCAAGCAGAAGGGCAUGGGAGCAGCUAUCCAGUGCCACAAAAUGAACUGCUACACUGCUUUCCAUGUUACCUGUGCCCAGACAGCUGGUCUCUUCAUGAAGAUUGAGCCCAUGAGGGAGACCAGCCUCAAUGGCACCACAUUCACUGUGCGCAAAACUGCUUUCUGUGAGGCACAUUCCCCUCCUGGCACCAUGAAAAAAGGAAACACAACUACUCUUCAUGAAGGAGAUGAGGACAUUGUAAAGAAUGAGACAAUGGAGAGGGGCAGUCCCAAAAAUAAAAACAAAGUAAAUUGGAAGCAAAAGGUGAAAAAGGAAAGCAGUGCUUCUGUGCCUCUGCUAAUGGUCACACAGAUCCCUUCUUACCGGCUGAAUAAAAUCUGCAGUGGACUCAAUUUCCAGAGAAAGAAUCAGUUCAUGCAGAGGCUGCACAAUUAUUGGCUAUUGAAACGUCAGUCAAGAAAUGGUGUACCACUGAUACGGAGGCUACACUCUCACUUACAGUCCCAAAGAAAUGCAGAACUGAAGGAGCAGGAUGAAAAGACUAGUGCAGUAAAAGAAGAACUUAAAUAUUGGCAGAAACUUCGGCAUGACUUAGAAAGAGCACGGCUGCUCAUUGAAUUAAUUCGUAAACGUGAGAAACUCAAACGUGAACAGGUAAAGAUUCAGCAAGCUGCUAUGGAGUUACAGCUCACACCAUUCAAUGUUCUUCUGCGCACAACACUGGAUCUACUGCAGGAAAAGGAUCCAGCCCAGAUCUUUGCAGAUCCCGUAAACCUGAGUGAGGUUCCAGAUUACCUGGAAUUCAUUUCCAAGCCAAUGGAUUUUUCUACCAUGAGGAAGAAGCUGGAGUCCCACCAGUACCAAACACUGGAUGAAUUUGAAGAAGAUUUUAACCUCAUCCUUGCCAAUUGCAUGAGGUAUAAUUCUAAAGACACAAUUUUCCAUCGAGCAGCUGUCCGGCUCAGAGAUCUUGGAGGUGCAAUAUUACGCCAUGCACGACGGCAAGCUGAGAAUAUUGGCUUUGACCCCCAAGUGGGGAUUCAUUUGCCUGAAUCUCCAAAGACAGAAGAUUUUUAUCGUUUUUCUUGGGAGGAUGUUGACAAUAUUCUUGUUGCUGAGAACCGAGCUCAUCUUUCCUUGGAGAUACAACUGAAGGAACUAUUGGAAAAGCUGGACGUAGUGAGCACCAUGAGAUCAAGCGGUGCCCGAACCCGUCGCGUUCGACUCUUGAGACGAGAAAUCAACUCUGUCAGGCAAAAGCUGUCUCAGCAGCAGAGUAAAGCCGUGCCAAAUGGAGAAUCGGCUCCAUGGGAAGAAGGUCUGGAAAAAAUGCUGCACAGUGAUGAAGACAGGGAGAAAGCAGAUGACACCAAGCCCCCACUUCCCCCUACCCUGGAGCCCACAGGACCUGCACCCUCCCUAUCGGAGCUGGACUCUCUGCAGGACCCUCCAACUCUCAAACCCAUUAGCGAAAGCAAGUCCUUGAACAGACUGCAUAAACGGCUGAAGUCCGAGGGUGAGCUCUUUGAUAAGAAGACGCUGCAGAGGGAGAGCCACCACACCUUCCAGCGCUUGCUCAGCGACAACGGCCUGAAUGGAUUGGCCCUUCAGGCUACGGGCACUUCUGCCAGCCUCCCGUUUAGUGGAGUGGGCAGGCGGACUUCUGUCCUUUUUAAAAAAGCCAAGAACGGGGUGAAACUACAGAGAGAUCUGGACUGUCCCCUUGAGAAUGGAGAGGACCACGGCCAAAGUGGGCAGCUCUCCCCCUCCAGCAUAGAGGGUGAGCAGCCAUCUCGGAAACAGCCACAGAGUGGGAGCUACAGCGAGAGCGAUGACGAGAAAUCCCCCAGGCAGGCAGGAGUGACAGCAACUGUGACCAAUGGCUUCAGGAAGCAUACAGAAAGUGGGUCUGAUUCAGAAUGUAGCUCUGGACGGGGCAGCGGUCUUUCAUUGGACAUAUGCAGUAGUCCGCCACCACAUAAACGUAGCCGAGGAAAGCCUGCUCUUACACGGGUCCCUUUUCUGGAUGGUGUAAAUAAAGAUUUGGUAUAUAGCAACUCAGGAAGAAACUUGCUGAUGUCAUUUGAGGAACACGCUGACCUAGAACCUCUGGAGCUUGUGUGGGCAAAAUGUCGUGGCUAUCCUUCUUACCCAGCACUGAUCAUUGAUCCUGAGAUGCCACAAGAGGGCCUCCUUCACAAUGGAGUCCCAAUCCCUGUCCCCCCCCUGGAAGUGCUAAAAUUAGGUGAGCAGAAGCAAGCGGAGACUGGAGAAAAACUUUUCCUUGUCCUUUUCUUUGACAACAAGAGGACAUGGCAGUGGCUUCCACAAGAAAAAGUUCUUCCUCUUGGAGUAGAUGACACUGUGGAUAAACUCAAGAUGCUGGAAGGACGGAAAACCAGUAUCCGGAAGUCUGUCCAGGUUGCAUAUGACCGUGCAAUGAUUCACAUGAGCCGCGUUCGGGGAGACCAUCCUUUCGUCACCCCCAAUUAUCUGUAGGAAACCUGUUCUACCCAUCCUGUAGGAAGUAAUGUCUGCAUCCGCAGGCAAAGUGGAUCAACUAUAUCCUGAGGAAUAUGGGAUUUUCCUGCCUAUAGGAAGAUACAAUUGCCAUAUUUGCAUUCUUAGUAGAGACACGGUAUUUCCAACAGUAGGGAAAGUUCAUGUUACAUACUUGAUAUGUGCCAAAAAGUCUGCCUGGUUUCUUUCUGAACAUGUUUCCCAAAGGAUCCAGGUGGGAAAGAAGUGAUGUAGCAGCCUGACCUAGUAAGAAGAUGUUAGGAGCAGCUGCACUAUAAUGCUGCAACCCUGACAGAAUCUUAGAAAAUUUGCUGAUUGAACAAGAAGCCCUACCAGACUCUUGAGUUUUUAAACUUCAGCUAGUCCUGAAGCAGCUGUGGAGUUUAUUGCUUCUGCUAUGAAUUGAGGGUCUUUUUGAUGACUCUUGUGUGCCAAAUGUUCACUAAUAUUCCCCAUAUAUUUUCAUGUUAUUUUUGAAAAACACUGGUCCCCCUCCCCCUUUCAAUUACAUUUGCAACCCUGUGUAGAAAUCUCUAAAUUUGUAUAUGCUUUUAUGUUAGAGAUUACAAUAAAAAAGAAAGAUAGAAUAUUUGGGGGGUAACGCCCCUUUCCUGAUUUUCUGUCAUGCUCACAUUCACAGAGCUUUAAAUAUGAAGAAACCCCUUGGGAGAUAUUUUCUGUGAUUUUUACAUUUCAAUUUCAGAUUCGUAUACUUCUGAAAAUUGAUAAAAUAAUAUUUUAAAUGUUAUUUUACAAAUACUUAUGCUGCUAGAAUGUCGUUGCUAGAUAUGAAGGUUUAUUGUGAAAUGAGGAAAAAGCAAUCUUUAUGGUAUCAAAAACAUUUCCCCCCCACAUUACCCCUGUUCAUGAACAAUGUCACUGAAGCCCUGUCUCACUUGUCAUGCCUGUUCUUCAGGAAACCACAGCAUCCUGUCCGUUCUGUAGGAUUUCUAGACAUGGAAGCAUCGCCCUGUUUGGGUUUGGGCCAUUAAGCAUCACAUUGCACAUUUAGAGCUUUUUCCAGCUUUCAGUACUAAGUAUCUGCUUAUUUAGAGUGCCAUAUGUACUUUGAUGUAGGCAGUUCUGGACUAGGGUAAUCAUGUAGAAUCAUGAUUCCUCUUUACCUGAAGAAAUGAGAAUUAAAUUGGAAUGUGUUUGUCAUUCCUUACAGUCACUCUUGGCCACCCCAUAAAUACUUCAGCAUUUGCUUUCAUGCUCUCUGAGCUUCCGUUAUUGGGAUCUGUUAAAAAUAGAGCACAACCUCUUGGAGAAACCUAUUUUUUUUAACUUGCAUACGCUACAAAAAGAGGAAGAGCUGAGCUCUGCAAGUUAACAAUGUAUUUCAUAUGUAACAUUUGAUUUUAUGAAGUUUUUUUUUUCCGUUUAAGAAUUUCAAACCAAAGGUACAGAGCAAGAUUGUAAUUUGAAAACCAUUGUGUUUUUUUUCUUCCCUUUUCACUUCAUUAUUGUUGUUAUUUUCUUAUGAAGAGAUUGUGGAACAAAUGUUAUUGUGGGAAAAUCACUGCCAUUUCUAUGUGGUCUUUUUUUCAAGAACCACAUGUUGUACAUUGGGACAUAAAACCACACUAUAUGGGAAAUAUCUGUAACAUAUACAGAACAUGAAUAGGAAUCUUUUUUUAAAAAAAAUAGUUAAUAUCUCAAGAGUGUGGUUACAGAAGGAACUUUUGUACAUAAUUGUAAACUACUGUUCUAAAUUAUUAUUCAGGCCGAUUGUUAAUCCUUAAGUCCUCAGUUGUGUUGCUGGGUCUUUUGUAUGCAUACAGUAUAAUUAAUUUAAAGAAACAUACAUUUCCCCAGAUUGUAACCUGGUUGUUGACUUGUGAUUUAUGUUUAACUGUUUUAAGAUCUUGCAUUUUAAUUUCUUUUUUUUUAAAAUUACAAUUUAAGGAUUUGAAUUGGCUAAUAUCCUGCUGUUGCUAUGGGACCUAAAUGUGACUUGUCAGUCUGCUGUAAAGCACAGAUGGCUCUAUUUAUUGUAGAAAGUGAGUUUAUUUGCUUUCUAGAACUGUUUAUAUCAGAUGGAAUAAGAGGUAAUAAAUUCUAUGCUUGUAAAGAAAAAUGCUAAUUUUACCUACUAUAAUCUGACUGUCUGAAACUAUAUUUUCUCUCUGAGAAAUAAAUGUUCUAAUGUAAAA